ACGUGGACGAGCACGCGGGCUGAUAAUGCGACGAGACGCAGCCGCACUUUGUCAUAUUGAAAUCCGGAGUGAGAGACCUUCAGGAUGAACGAAGGGAGGGGAGAGAGAGAGACUGCAGGGUCUGGAUGAGUAACCAUGGCAACAGCAGCAGCAGGACCAGCGGCGGUGGAAACGCUCCUCCGUCAGACAGCGGUCCUCUGAGUCCGGACUGCCGCCGAGCCACGAGCGGAUCCUCCCUGCAUCUCUGCCAAGGUGAUGAGCGGGAUCGGAUCAUGUCUGAAGUACAGGGAACGCUGGAGUUUUCUCUGGAGCUACACAAGUUUCACAAUGUGGAUCUCUUCCAGAGGGGGUUCUACCAGAUACGAGCGGGGAUGAAGGUCUCGCCUCGGGUGCCACAUCGGUUGACAGUAGCAACACAAAACAGCUCAGGAGAGUGCAGCUUCAGCUCAGCAGGGGUUUACGAUGGCACGGUUUUCAGCCGGAUAUUCCAGAUCCUCUACAGAAAUGAGGAGAUUGCUGUGAACGACUGCAUGAUCUUCAAAGUCCACCUCCUGCUGGAUGGAGAGAGGGUGGAGGAAGCCUUCAGUGAGGUGGACUUUCAGCUAAAGCUGGAUCUCCAUUUCACCGACAGUGAACAGCAGCUGGCAGACAUCACCACGGUUCCCUUGAUCAGCACUCGGACCCUCGGCCUCCACUUCCACCCUCGAAAAGGCCUCCACCAUCACAUUCCAGUCAUGUUCGACUAUUUCCACCUGUCGGUCAUUUCUGUCUCCAUCCACGCCUCACUGGUUGCCUUACAUCAGCCGCUAAUCAGCUUUGCUCGGACAGGGAAAGGCUCUUGGCUGGGAAAAGGCUCUCCGGAGAGCGCCAGCGACCCAUCUGCUGUGUCUGUGGAGAAUCUCAUGUUUGGAGCGGGUUACUGCAAGCCUGCCAUUUCUGAGGGGAGUUUUUACGUGCCCAGUGAGAACUGCCUGGAGAGGGCUCACGCAUGGCACCGCCGGCUGUGUCGCCUCCUGCUGGUGGCUCACGGCGGCCUGCACUCCUACUGCACGGCGCUGACGAAGGAAGUCCCACAGCUCCAGCAGAUUCCAGCAGAAACAGAGUUGGUGCCCGUAGAGGAAACUCUGAGUCAGCUGUCCAUACAGUUACAGCUGCAGGGGGGCCACGAGGCGGCAGCAGAGCAGAUCAGUCGGGACGUGAGCCAGCUCUGCUCCCAGCUGGCCGCUCUGUGGAGGCGCUUCCUGGAGGCCGCUGUGUUCAACCCGCACAUCCUGUCCUAUCUGGCUCAGGAGCAUCACACGCUCCGGGUCAGAAGGUUCUCAGAGGCGUACUUCUUCACCGAACACCCUAAAGAGAUGUCCCUGACGUUUCAGGAGGAAAUCAUCAACAGACACGCUCAGAUAGCUGCAGAAGUGCGGAGCUCAGACUACUUGAUCAAAAUGCCUCCUUUACCCGUUGAGUGCCUGGACAUCGAUGGAGAUUGGAACAGCCUGCCCAUCAUCUUUGAGGACCGAUAUGUAGAGUCUCCACAGAGAGAGCCUGCAUCACGGCUGCAGACGCCUGAAGCCAUCGAGGAGCAGAGCAUCUCUGAUCAGCACUUCACACCAGCUGAAGAGGAGGGAACCAGCCCAAAUCCAGGAUUAGCAUCAGCAGCAAUGCAGGAAUGUAAGGAACAUGAGGCUUCAUCCACGCACGUCCCAGUUAUGAGUGGAACAUUCAUCAGUACCCAGAGCCUUAUCCACCAAGGCCAGAGUGCUGAGGUUUCUUCAGAGGAAGCAGAAAUCGUGAAGGAACCAGAGGAAGAUGAGGGACGAAGGACAGUGGAGUGUGCAGGAGAGAGCAGCAGCAUUAAAGAGGAGGAGCCUUCAAAUCCCUCCAUGGAGGCUGAGGGGGAAGACAACUGCCUUCUUACAGCCUAUCUGCAUCCAGGUACACCAUUCUUCUCCGGUGACUUCAGAAAAGAAAUGGCUCACCGAGGCUCUGCGGGUGCAAAGGUCAUGAAGCGCUCGUCUUCCGUCAUCUCAGACUCUGGGAUCGAAAGCGAGCCCAGUUCAGUGGUUUGGCCUGCAGAGGCUGUGCUUCCAAGACAAACCUCUCAGGAGGAGAUGCCGAAGCAAACAGUUUGUAACCAGCGUGUCCAUCAGAGCUGCCUGGAAGGCCUGCAUUUAGAGAGUAACAGCAGUCUUCCCAGUGGAGGCAUUCAGGCAUCUCUGACCUCCAUCAGCUCCUUACCCUACGAGGAGGACAGGCAGCAGAGGCACCUCAGUAAACUGACAAAGUCAGCAUCUGCUCCGCAGAUAAGCAGUCCAGAAGACGAGGAGGAAAGCUCUGCGCUUCCUAAACAGGAAACGGACAGGAGAAGCUCAGUGCGGCAGCAGGAUCUAUGCAGGAGAAACUGCUCCCUGAACUGUAACCUGGAUUCACAGCAGUAUGAAUCAUCUCAGUUAGUCGUAAACGUCUGCCACAAUCACAAGCAGAGGACUUCUGAAAACCCCUCUGAGGACCGGCCGGAGACGUGCAAGACAGCAUCCAGCGGUGCUUCUGAAGAGCAGCUUUACUCUGCAGAAAGUCCUCAUUUGAAGGGCAGCGCUGCUGUGAGGAACCACCAGACACUCCUGAGUGACGACUGCGCCUCAGUGGAGGAUGUGCAUCUCGUUGAACCUGACAGGACGCUCUAUGAAGCUACGAGCCCCGCAGAGGAGCCUCAAUGUUCCCAAGAGGACAAGCUGGGGGGUGUCUCCCACCAGCCGAGUCUGGAAACACCCUCAAAAAAGUCUGCUGACGCUCUCAAUGCUGCUGGUGUCACUCCGAGGCCGAGCGUCCUCUCAGGGCUGACACCCAGAGAUUCCCCGUUACCCGCCAACCCCACCGCAACGCCAGCGGGGGACAAGGAGCCUUUGGAGAACCACACAAAGCCCUCCAAGAUCCCCAACUCAGGGCUGGCCUUCAUGAAUAAGAAGAUGGUGGAGGUGGUGAACAUGUCAGUGUCCUGUGCCCCCACCUGCCUGCCAUUUUCCUCUGUCCUCAGAGACUCUCCCUCCAUCAGCGGAAUAUCUACUCGCCAGGCCACCUCACCAAUCACCCAUCAGCCCCUGGGCUCCUUUGGCAUCAUCUCUUCAUCUUCCCUGAGUCCCCUGAACAUGGACGACGAGUCCAACGAGCGGAUGCUGAAUUUCUACAAAGCCAAAGAGGAGCUGCUGAAGGAGCUGAGCUUCCAGGCCACCUUGUACAGCAACCUUCCUCUCCUGGCUUCAGACCUUCCGUACUUCCCACCUGAGGAAGAUGAUGAGGAGUUUGAAGACGGCAUUCACCUCGUGGUGUGCGUCCAUGGGCUUGAUGGAAACAGUGCAGACCUCCGCUUGGUGAAGACCUUCAUCGAGCUGGGACUGCCGCAGUCCAGGCUUGACUUCCUCAUGUCUGAGAGGAACCAGGCUGACACGUUUGCAGAUUUUGACACCAUGACCGACCGGCUGCUGGACGAGAUCAUUCAGCACAUCCAGCUGUAUAACCUCACCAUCGGCAGGAUAAGCUUCAUCGGUCACUCCCUCGGGAACAUCAUCAUCCGCUCUGUGCUGACCAGGCCUCGCUUCCGCUGCUACCUGCCCAAGCUGCACACCCUCCUGUCGCUGUCGGGCCCCCACCUGGGCACGCUGUACAACAACAGCGCCUUAGUCAGCACAGGUCUGUGGCUGAUGCAGAAGCUGAAGAAGUCGGGAUCUCUGCUGCAGCUCACCUUCAGGGAUCACGUGGAUCCACGGAAAACGUUCCUCUACCUCCUGAGCCAGAAACCAGGCCUGCAGUUCUUCAAGAAUGUGGUUCUGGUUGCAUCUCCACAGGACAGAUACGUUCCCUUCCACUCAGCCCGGAUUGAGAUGUGCAGAACCGCUCUGAAAGACAGAACCACAGGGCCCGUCUACACCGAGAUGAUCAACAACCUCCUGCAGCCGCUCGUGGAGGCCAAGGACUGCCGGCUGAUCCGCCAGAACGUGUUCCACGCCCUGCCCAACACAGCCAACACGCUGAUCGGCCGCGCCGCUCACAUCGCCGUCCUGGACUCUGAACUCUUCUUGGAGAAGUUCUUCUUGGUGGCAGGACUCAGCUACUUUAAGUAGAUGAUCCAGAGGAUCCAGUCUGUACAGGUCAUGGAGGAAAAGGCCGGAAGGUGGUGGUCAAGCCACAAACUCAGGCCUGAGUUUGACUUGUAGCGAUGCAGGGAAAACCGAGAGACUGCUGGGAAACCCAGGGCUGUUUAGUCUCCUCUGUGAGUGAUAUCUCAGCAGGACAGAAAGUGUGAUGGUCCAAAGCAUUCCUGUCUCUGCUGAGCUGGUUUUAAGCUCCCUGAUUGAACAAAACGUGGUUAAUUAUAAAAAAAUGCACCUUAACAUAAAAAUGAAAAUAUGGUUCAAGCUUUUAUUUUUUUGUACCUGGAGUAUUAGCAGCCAACGUGUGGCAGAGGAGCCAUCUGAUGAGUCCUGUUCAGAUUUAAAUUCUGAGAAAGAAGCAAACCGAACCACAGUGUUUGGGUUUGCCUCGGGGACUUGGUCUGCCCUGUGAUCGGCAAACUUUGAUUCAGGAAAUGAAAAGUUAAAACAGGACAGAUCAAAUUUGGAGGCGUGUGCAUUAAAAAUUUCCCAUAAAUCAAUGUGCCACUGUUUGCUAAAUUCGGUUUGUUUGUUGAACUUAACUCUGUGGGAACUUGGUUCUCCAAUAUUUUCCCUAUUGCCUGUGAAAGUGCAGAGAAGCCCGCGGCCAAACAGCAGAGCGACCUUUGAAACAUCCAGAGUCUGUUCAUCUCUGCUGUUUAAGGGCUUCUGUUGGGCCAACCAGCCUGAGUUAUGCCCGUCCUAAAACGCAGGAAGUGAUUACUUUCACCAGUCUCCAUGAGUUAUGUGGCAGGCAGGUCCCAUGAUAGUUUCCACAUCGUGAUGCCCGGUUUUGCUGAUUCUUAAGGACCAGGUCCAGUUCUCAUCCGUUUCCCCCUUUGACAGAUGAAACCUCUUUAAGAUCCUGGUUCCUGCUGAGACUCGGCUGUCAGCGCUCCAUUUCACAGAAGAGGGACGGAUUCUGUCUUACACUGUGCACUUUAUGGACCUCAAGUCAAACUUUAGGAUUCUUCUGGAGUCCAGACAAAAGAAAUGUGUAAAAUCUUUUGGCUUGACACCCCCCUCCCCCCUCUGCGGAGUGCUCUGGUGUAGUUUUGCAGAGAAGAACCAAUGACACGCUGUAAUUCUGCAGACUGUCACUGGGAUUGACCUUAAUCAAACAAGCUCCUGAAAGAGGCCCCCCCUCACCCCCCAACAGAAUGCAUGUGGAUCCAGCAUCCCCCCUUACAGCCCUUAUAGCCGUCUGUUUGCCCAUCGGGAAUCGAUGAAAGGAGAAAGAGUUUCGGGGCUUUUUCAGAUCCGGGCGUCAAGGGCAGAGAGUUUCCACGGACUGCAGGAACUUUGCUCAUGCAAACCAAAAGCUCUUUGACUUUUGGAGCCUGAAGAGGCCUCGGACGGCUGAGCGUACAUUUAUGCAGCUCUCGUAUGUGAGAGUGAACCUGACCCAACAGAUCCUUAAGUGCUGUCAGCUCUGGGAGGAGCUGACCUGAACCUGCCCUUUAGCAGAGGGAGCGUGACUGAAGUCUUGUUAUUGCUGCUGGAUCACCUUUCAUUCCUUCAAACUGAAUGUCAGCCAUGUUUGAAUCCACUGUGAAGAACAUGUUUUCAUUCCUUUUUCUGCUGCAGACCGUAAAUAUAACUCACCUGUGCCAACUCUGUCACAUUACAUGUUGUGGAUCAGACUCUGUUCAUUCUGUGGUAGCUUCAAUGUACAAAUAUAAAUAAAGGUAUAUAUAUUGCAUAGUAUUACUGCAAAAUAUAUGACACUAGAAUAAAAAUGUUCCUUUUGCUUU